AACAAUGACAAAAACAGUCAGCCAGUUCAACAGCAGGCAGUUUGCAGCUGCUGAACAGAAGCACACAGACAUUUGCUACUGAGGAGUCCGGUUCCCGUACAGGAAGAAGGAGGAAGACCAGUUUGGAAAGGAUCUGAAAAGUGGAGCUAAAAGAUUCCCUAAGUUUUUUUUUUAGUAAUUGUGUACCGGCCUGUCAGGGAGUACAACAAGUGAGACCCCGUCCCCAGCAUGGACCGAGACAGCCACAGCGAGGAUACUCUGUCCACCAUGGUUCUGGAGAACAUUAAAAACAAACUGAUACACGCCUUCAGGGCGGCAGGGGAGUCAAAAGAAGAUCCUCGAGAGUCUGGAAACCCUGUCAGACCGGUCAGCAUCGGGAGGAGUUACCAAGCCAACGAGGAGCUGCGGAGGGCGCAGAUAGACGGAGCGAUAACCUGGCUGAGGUCUGAACUGCUGGAGAUGCGCUCUCAGGACCUCCAGCUGGCUCAGACGUUGCUGGGGCUCAACACAGAGAUCCAAAGAUUGAGGAGGGAGAGUUUCGGAGGAGUGGAAGUAGAGGGGGAUGAUCAGCCGUUAACUUAACUUACCUUCUUUGGGGAGACUUUGACGGAGAGCCUGUGGUAAAAUGUUCUUGUGGUGGGGACUGGCUGAAAGGUCAACUUUGUAAACAGAGAGGAUUGUAUGCAUUUGUUUAUGAUAAUGGAUCAUUCUUAUAACAUGUGUCAUGGUAAAAAAAAAAACCUAGUUGCAUGUUUACUGUGUGGAGAAAAACUGACAUAAAUUGCCUUCUUUUGUAUGAUGCUGGCAUUAUUCUUUU